CCCAAAACGAUUGAGAAAGAGCGGGUGAAUCCAGAACCGGAGCGCCUCCGAUCCUCCCUCUUCAUCGCUCCCCCACCAUACCCCUCGUCCUGCUCCCAUUCAUUCCCCUCCAAAUCGGAGCAUCGGAUCAACCACACACGCCAGAUCUCGGCCGCGCGGAGUCCGUACAGGGCGCACCUCGGGAUCUCAGGAUGGAAGAGGAGAUAGAAACCCCUAGAGAUUUGAAGCCAUGUGGGCCUUUGGAGGAGUACCGCAUUCCAGAUUACGUCUUGAGACCAGAUGCCCAACAAGUACUUGUUGAUCAUGCUCCACAGUGUCCUGUAAUAGUGUUCAUCAAUUCUAAAUCUGGCGGUCAACUUGGAAGUAGUUUGAUCAAAACAUACCGUGAACUUCUGAGUGAAGCACAGGUUAUUGAUCUCUCAGAAGAGACUCCGGAUAAGGUUUUGCACCGUUUAUAUGUGAAUGUUGAAAGGCUCAAGAUUGAAGGAGACAUUCUUGCCGUUCAAAUUUGGAGGACUAUGAGAUUAAUUGUUGCAGGUGGCGAUGGUACAGCGAGUUGGUUGCUUGGGGUCGUCAGUGAUCUUAAGCUUUCCCACCCACCUCCAAUUGCCACCGUACCUCUGGGAACUGGAAACAACCUCCCAUUUUCAUUUGGAUGGGGAAAGAAGAAUCCUUCUACAGACCAAGAGGCUGUAAAAAUAUUCCUUGGGCUUGUGAAGCAUGCAAAAGAGAUUAAAAUUGAUAGCUGGCAUCUAAUUUUGAGGAUGAAAGCUCCAAAAGAAGGUCCGUGUGAACCCAUUGCUCCCUUAGAGUUGCCUCAUUCACUUCAUGCGUUCCACCGUGUGUCAAGCGGUGACUCCCACGAUGUGGUAAGCAUGUAUUUAUGCAAGUAAUGACGUCACACGUUUGGGCGUGGGCCAAGUAAUGAUGUCACAUGUUGAUGCACAUUCUUCUGAAUUAGCACACUUUUGGUCUAAAACCACAGUGAAAAUAAAGUUAUCUCAUCACCACUUCAUGUAAUUCAAGGAUCGUUGCC